GAGCAGUGGACGUGGACGAGUGCUCGGAGGGCACAGAUGACUGUCACAUCGAUGCCAUCUGCCAGAACACACCCAAGUCCUACAAGUGCCUCUGCAAGCCCGGCUACAAGGGGGAAGGGAGGCAGUGUGAAGACAUUGACGAGUGUGAGAAUGACUACUACAACGGCGGCUGCGUCCACGAGUGUAUCAACAUCCCAGGCAACUACAGGUGCACCUGCUUCGACGGCUUCAUGCUGGCGCACGACGGACACAACUGCCUGGACGUGGACGAGUGCCAGGACAACAAUGGAGGCUGCCAGCAGAUCUGCGUCAAUGCCAUGGGCAGCUACGAGUGCCAGUGCCACAGUGGGUUUUUCCUCAGUGACAACCAGCACACCUGCAUCCACCGCUCCAAUGGUGAGUACGGCCGUGGGCCGGGCCCCGUCCAGGCACACAGCCCUGGGGCCUCGCGCGUUGAUUCUGGCGCCCUGGGGUCAAGGCAGGGGCUCUGGUGUGGCCUGAAUGGCUUCUUUCUUCUGGUGUUCUACAGGGAGGUCUCGCAGCCCUCCCUCGCCCUGCCUCACCUGGGCUGUCGGUGCUUACGGGAGAGCGGAAGCAGAGCCACAGGGCGCAGGAUGACCGCUCUGGGUAGGGAGCUGGCCGCGCUCAGGCAGCAUCGGGGCCCCUUUUCCACAGUCCCCUUGGUCGCGCACUUGAGCUCAUCCCAGACUGUGUGGUUACCGCGUCACCAGUCAUCCUGGGAUCCUGUGGCCAGGAGCCUGCUGCCCCCUGGAGGCCUUGGGGGUGGCAGGCUGGCCUGGGGAGGAGCUGGGGACCCAGGCCGCGUCGGGCCAGCUGGAGCACGAGGGUGGUCCCAGGACAGACCAGACGGGGCAGGCUGACCUCCAGCCAAGCCCAGCAGGCGAAGGCACUUUGUGUGUGGAGCACUGCCAGCCAGAUCCUGGAGGAGGGUCCUGCGUCGCAGGGCUGUGAGCGGGGACAGGGCUAGGGGUUGGGGGCCUGUGCUUGGAGGAGGGAGGCUCCCUCGCAGAGGGCACCGCACCGCCGAGGCAGAGGGCCGCUCUUGCUAUAGAUGAUGGCGGGUUCCCGGGUCUCAGCAGCCGAGGCCCCUGUGGCCUGGCCGUCCUGAGCGCUCAAGGGGGAGAUACAAAGGCGAAGGCCAGACUGGUGGACAGACAGGUUCACGGAGGCUGGGGGCGGGCAGGGAGAGGCCCCUGGGCACGCGGCCCGAGGAGGCGGGGUCAGCAGGACCCCUGGGAGCCCAGCUUCGCUGCCUGGAGGGCCGUGUCUCCGGCAGCUGCAUUGCUCCGGCAGGGGGGGCAGGGGCUGGCGGAGCCCCCAGGUGUCAGGUGGUGUCGGCAGGAGCCAGCUGCAGGCUGCAGGCGGGGCCUGGUUCCGAAGCCCGUGUGAGGGAGCAGAACUGCUGCAACAGUCCGUGGAGCCCCGACGUAUGUGCUGGUGGUCUCUGCAAAGGCAAGCUGGGCCUGUGAGUCCCUGGCCUGCCGCGUCCCCUGGAGGACAGGGCGGCCGAGCUGUAGUCACGUGGUCCGGCCUCCCACUGCCCCCCGCGAGGUGGCUCAGCCAGACUUGCCAGCCGUGGUCCGUGAGGUCACGCUGCUCAAGAUGGAGGCAGACCCCAUCAGUGGGUCCGGUGAGCCCACCAAGGGGACAGAUGCGGGUUCAUGGGGAGCGGAGGGCGUGGCCGGGGUGCCUGCUGCACAGGGCUUUCCCCAGACUAGGCUCCUCACGUCCCCUCCCCACUAGGGAAAUGCCGCCCCACUCCUGGAGCCGCCUCCUGAAGGGCGGAGGGCAGGGACUGGUGUUCAUUAGGUGGACCCAGACGCAUUCAAGGGGUCCGCCAGGGUCAGUGCAGGCUCCCGGCCCGGAAGCAAGGCCACGGGACUCUGCCCUCCCGAGUGGCCUUGCUUCCCAGGCACCAGCCCCAGCCCCGGCAAGGCGUGCGAGUCUGGCCCGGGCUGCGGCUGCGAGUCUUAGGCUCCCAGCGCCAGCUCUCCAUGCGACUUCCACGCUGCCACUCUGGCCUCUUCGGCUCUCUUGGUUGUGAAAGGACCCAGGCACCUCCUGUCGAGGGACAGGUCCAUUGUGGGGCAGUGGCUUGAAGCAGUCACGUGCGCUGGGGUGGAGACCGUCUGCAGUGUCUGGGGCUUCAGAACUGUGCUGUGCCCUAGGGACCCAGCCAGGCUGCGUCUGUGUCCGUGCCGGGAGGGGCCCAGAGCAGAGGCGCUGGGCUAUGGCCAGUCUCCCUCUGCUCAGUGCUCCCCAGCAGCGUCCUGGCACCGCGACAGCCCACACUCGCCUCCCGUUCACCCCUGGGCCACCCAGCCCAGCCACACCGCCCUGUGCCCGGCAGUCCACGCGCCUUCCCUCACCCCUCCUUGUUCUUGUCUUCACGUCGUGUUGUGCUGCUGGAAAGUACUGCCCCCGGCGCCCUUUUCCGCAGUGAGAGUCCAUGAGGAAGUGGACAGGGCACUGAGAGGCCUUGGCGUGGCUGGCCGCGUGCCUGCGCGUUCAUUCUUUGUGUGCCGGUGCUUCCUGGUUGGGGGGGUCCACCUAGGAAGGGGAUUGCGUGCCGAGUAAGGAUUAGGAGUUGCUGCAUACUCAUGAGCUGGAGAAAGAUACCGUGGGCAUCUGGGGCUUUGGUUUCCUUUGCUGGCAGAGCCAUCGCUGGUGUGUCCUCGCAGGCUGGGAAGGAUUGCUGCGUGUCCACGCUGGUCCUGGGCACCGCUGGUGGCUGCCGGGCCAUGCGUGUCCACGCUGGUCCUGGGCGCCGCUGGUGGCUGCCGGGCCGUGCGUGUCCAUGCUGGUCCUGGCCGCCGCUGGUGGCUGCCGGGCCGUGCAUGUCCACGCUGGUCCUGGGCACCGCGUGGGAGGGGGCGCAGGAGGCCACCCUCCCCAGGUGGCCGCUGCGUUCUGCCCUCAGCAGCGAGAGGAGACCACACGUGCUACCACCCGGGGGAGUGGCCCACCUCGCAGAGAGGCGCAGGGGCUGUGGGUCCCGACCUUGAGGAACAGGUUGGGUGGUGGUCCAGGGCUGUGCACAGGGUGACCCGGGCUGACAGCCGGGGUCCCGCGAGCAUCAGGCUCAGCUCAGAGCGCUCACCACUGUCUAGCCCUAGGGCUGUCCCCAGGGUACCAGCCACCCGGUCCUCCUGCAGAGACUGCGUGGGGUGCCAGGCCCACGCUGCGGCAAUCAAGGGUUGAGACACGAAGAGGGUGGCGAGGUCCUGUCACUCAUGCCGCUCCCAGGCCUGGGGCACCCGCCCCACCUGCUCCUGCCUGGGCUCCCACCCCCGAGGCCUCUGCUGCACGGCUGUCCUGAGCUGAGCCCUCUGGGAGAAGCGUCGGGCUCUGCCCGCCCUGUGCUCUGGGGCGGCCUCUGUGCUGCUGGCCACAGCUCCCGAGAGCAGCCUCCCCAGGCCCGGGGACAGCGGUCACCGGGACUCUGCUCUGGAAAGGACGGAUGGAAGGAGAAUGAGAGGAAGGCAGGGCCGGGCAGGGCCGGGCAGGGCCGGGGGCGUGGCUUCAACACGCAGGGCCAGAGUGGCCCGGCACUGGUGUGGAGUGCAGGAGUGGUGCUCAGCUCGCCCAUCCUGGGGCUGUGUGGUCCGGCUUGGCCAGCGCGUGCCGGCAGUCAGUGCACUCUGGGUGGGCCCGGGGUUGGGGGAAGGGGAUACGCAGGCUGCCUCUGAGGGCCCUGCUGGGAAGAAAUGUGGCCACACAGCCCAGAGGCCUGCUGUGCACCCGGGGCCUCCUGCUGUGGGAGGUCCCCAGCAGGGGCCAGCAGCCGACCCAAGUGCAUUUCACCUCCAGCAAGUGCUCCUCCCAGUUUCUUUAAAUGUGUUCUGCUCUCCACCUAUGGACGUUCCUCGUGGGACUCAAGGCCGCGUGUCUGCAAAGCUGCAGACUUGGCAUAAGAAGGACACUGGCCCCAUCCAGUCAGUGGUAGGGGACAAGAAUAGGACAGCUUCGCUUCCCGAGCAAGUCCUCUUGUGUGGAUGGUGGUGGCCAGAGCUGUCUGCAGUGCCCGCUCACUGCAGGCCUGCUGCUGCCCCUGGCCACGCAGGACCCCAGGUUCCAGACCAGGAAACCAAGGCACUGUGAGGGCAGGGGUCUUGCACAAGGUUGCCAGGGGCUUGGCACUACCGGUGCUCUGCCAGUCUGGUCCCAGGGCCUUGGCUCCUGACUGCCCACCUACAGAGGGCAGACAGUGCAGAAGGUUCCAGAACCCCUCUCAGGAUCUGGCCAGGCUUGGUGAGACCUGGGAGGGCCUGGGCUACCGCAGAGAUGCCUGGGGUCUCAGCUGGCGCCACCCGCAGCUCCAGCACCAAGUGGGCCUCUUUUUUUUUUUUCCAAAAAAUUAUUUUAUUUAUUUGAGAGACAGAGAUAGAGAGGUAGAGACAGAGAGAGAUCUUCUUCUGCUGGUUCAUUUGCCAAAUGGUUGCAACAGGUGGAGCUGAGCCAAUCUGAAGCCAGGAGCCAGGAACUUCUUCCAGGUCUCCCACGUGGGUGCAGGGGCCCAAGCACUUGGGCCAUCCUCUGCUGCUUUCCCAGGCAGCAUUAGCAGGAAGCUGACGGAACUGGAGCAGCCAGGACUUGAACCGGUGCCCAUAUGGGAUGCCGGCACUACAGGCCAGGGCUUUAACCUGGUGUGCCACAGCGCCAGCUCCCAAAAUGUGCCCCUUUAAGCCCCAGGGGUUCUAAAGCCAUUUUGUGGUGGCAACCUCCCAGAACGUCUCACACGCCUCCCUCUCUUCUUCAAGGGAGCAGCUCGCGCUUGCUUGGCGUCUUCUCUCCUACACUUGGCCAUUCUCACAGGCUCAUCUUGGAGACAGCCUCCCUUCUUAGGGCCAGAAAACAGGCGUUAACCUCCGUCCCCACACUGAACGUCCUCAGGCCUGCGGGAAGAAAGUGAGGCGAGGCUUCUCUUUGGAUGCCGCUGUUACCGCUGGGCGCCACUGUCUUCUAGUGGGUCUUGCUUUGAAGCGUGGCAGCCGUGGCCUCCUGUCUGCGCACCAGGCUACAGACGCAGGACGUCUGCCUGUUGGCGGAGCGCGGGGGCUUUGGAACUGCUGUCUGCCUCCUUGUGAAUUCUUAGAUUCACUGAUUCCGGCAGAGUGCUGACUGGGUUCUGCAACAAUGUGCUGGUUAAACUAGACUCAGGUAUCUUCUGUAUUGAACCCAUGCAUGGAGGAUGUUGGCGCCCUGUUCUCCUCACCCAAGUUUGUAGUGAUAGAUCCCUGAGUACAACUGGAGGCAAAGCAAUGGGAUUUUUUAAAAUCUUUUACUGUAAAGUAAGUAUUCAUGAGAAGCUGCAAGCAUAGUAGAAGCCCAAGGCUGGGCCUGUGGCCAGUGGUUGAGGUGUCCGUGCGCAGGCCGGACUGCCAGGAUUCAGUGCCCAGCGCCGGCUCCUGACCCUAGCUUCCUGCUAGCGCAGAUACUGGGGAGCAGCAGGUGAUGGCUCAAGUGCCUGGGCCUCCGCCGCCCACGUGGGAGACCUGCGUCGUCUUCCUGGCGCCCAGCUCUGUCCUGGCCUGGCGCCAUGCCAUGCGCCCUCGGUGGUGACAUCUGAUGUGGUCAGAAUGCAGUGUGAGCACCAGGAACUGCUGUCGGUACAGGUGUCCUUGUGGCUUUCUGCUGUCCUACUACAUGUGGGUCACAGUCAGGACUUCGCGCCGUGAAGUGUAACUGAACAGCUAAAUACUCUUUGCCAAGCAGUGUUACAGGCGCAUUACCUGACUUAACUAAGUGGGCUGUGCCGUCUAAUGCCCACAUUAAUGCACUUUUGAAGGUAAAAGGAAACAUUAUUAUUAUUAUGCCAGACCAGCAGGUGUGGACCGUCCCAGGCAAACUGAGCUAUCUGGUCUCCUUAGUGAUGUUUCAUUUAGUCCUUGAACCUUGUGAGGUGGAUACCACUACCCUGUGCUGUGGGUGUGUGUCAGAAGCUCGGAGGCAGAUACUAUACCCAGACACUGUGGCUCCCAGGAGUAGUGCUAGGACUGAAACCAGGGGCCAUGAGUUCAGAUCACAAGCACCUUCAUACUUUUCUCUCAGUGUUUAUUUUUUAUUCUUAUUUGAGAGAGAGGCAGAGACAGCUCCCAUCUGCUGGUUCACUCCCCAGAUGCCAACAAUGGCCAGGACUGGGCCAGACUGAAGCCAGGAGCCCAGAGCUCCAUGGAGGUCUCCCCAUGUGGGUGGCAGAGACUCAAGUACUUGGGUCAUCAGCUGCUGCCUCCCAGUGUGCACACCACAGAAAGCUGGAACCUGGCGUGGGCCUGCACAGGGCCUCACCAGGGCGUUAAUAGGGAAUGCGGGCUCUGCAUUCCUAAGCCAGCUCCCACUGCCCCUUCCCAGUGCUUGAAGGGAGCACGCUACCCUCUGCUUUGCCUCUUGUUUUUCUCAGGUGUGGAAAUGGAGUUCUGAGAAGAGAGGCCUCCUUGCCCGAUGAGCGGUCGGCCUGCACGGGGCUGUGGCACCCAAAGCUGCCUGGGCCUGGGUGUAGCGUGCUGAGUGGUCAGCAUAGCCCUGAAGAGCAGGGCCCAGGGGCUCAGCCAGUGGGCUGUUCAAGGCCUCGGUGCUAGGAGCCUAGCAGGUGACCUCUGAGGUGACCGACUGGCGGACAGAGGGCAGGCGGUCAGCGGGCAGAGGGCCGGCGUGACCUGGGGCAGGACUGAGGAGAUGGGACGUCGGCAAGGGUUUGCUGUGGGAAGGUGAGGGCAAGAGUGUGGCCAAGGCGUCUGGGUCCAGACGUGGGUUGAAAGCAGUAGACCUGAGGCCGACCUGGAAGCAGGAUCAGAAGCCAAGGAGAGAGGGGUGAGGCCAGCACACGCCGGCCUCCCUGCUUUUCCAGGAUGGUGUCGGGCAGAUGCCACCUGACCCCCAGAACAUAAGACAGAGGGCGGACUCUGUGGCUCCCAGGCUGCAGGGCCGGGAGGUGAUGUGUGUGCAUUUCCGUGCACCAGGCAGCCUCCUAGGGGAUGGGAGCCCCUGGACGUGCCCGGCACUCUUGUAUAGUUACUCUUAGCCCUGACUCAGACCACCCAGCCAGCACCCUGCUGUUUCACUCCCUGGCCGUCGUCCGGCAGCUCCAGGGUCCUUCAUGCAGCCAGCCUGGCCUUCACAUGGCCAGAGUUCUGUCCCAUCUAAGACGUCAGCGUGGUUCCGGUGGGCCAAGGGUGAGAGUUCAGCUGCUCC